AUGGAAAGAGAAGAAGUUCAAGCUAUAGUUAUUGAUAAUGGUUCUGAUAUGUGUAAAGCUGGUUUUGCUGGUGAUGAUGCUCCACGUGCAGUUUUCCAAUCAAUUGUUGGUCGCCCAAGAUAUACCGGUGUUAUGGAUGUUAUGGGUCAAAAGGAUUCAUAUAUUGGUGAUGAGGCUCAUUCGAGAAAAGGUUUUUUAACUCUUAAAUAUCCAAUUGAACGUGGUAUUGUUACCAAUUGGGAUGAUAUGGAAGAAAUCUGGCAUCAUACUUUUUAUAAUGAACUUGGUGUUGCUCCAGAGGAACAUCCAGUUCUCUUAACUGAACAACCAUUAAAUCCAAAAAAAAAUAGAGAGAAAAUGACUCAAAUCAUGUUUGAAACUUUCAAUACUCCUGCAAUGUAUGUUGCCAUUCAAGCUGUAUUAUCACUUUAUUCAUCUGGUCGUACAACUGGUAUCGUUAUGGAUUCAGGUGAUGGUGUUUCUCAUGCCGUAUCGAUUUAUGAAGGUCAUGCAUUACCACAUGCAAUUUUACGUUUGGAUUUAGCAGGUCGUGAUCUUUCUGAUUACAUGAUGAAAAUCUUAACUAAACGUGGUUACUCAUUUACAACAACUGCUGAAAAAGAAAUAAUUAAAGAUAUUAAAGAGAAAUUAUCAUAUGUAGCAUUGGAUUUUGAUGCUGAGAUGCUAACUGCAGCCUCGUCAACAACAUUAGAGAAAUCAUAUGAAUUACCAGACGGUAAAGUUAUUACAAUUGGUAAUGAACGUUUCCGUUGUCCAGAGGCACUUUUUCAACCAUCAUUAUUGGCUAUGGAAUCUGCUGGUAUUCAUGAAACAAUCUAUAAUUCAAUCAUGAAAUGUGAUGUUGAUAUUCGUAGAUAUUUAUUUGGUAAUGUUAUAUUAUCAGGUGGUUCGACAAUGUUCCCAGGUAUUGCAGAUCGUAUGAAUAAAGAAUUAACUGCACUUGCACCAUCAACAAUGAAAAUUAAAAUUAUUGCACCACCAGAACGUAAAUACUCUGUAUGGGUUGGUGGUUCAAUUUUAGCCUCACUUUCGAGUUUCCAAGAAAUGUGGAUUUCAAAAGAAGAAUAUAAUGAAUCUGGUCCAUCAAUUGUUCACAGAAAAUGUUCUAAUUAUUUAAAAUAA